CCAACAUUUCACAAAAGUUUCGCACAGUUUCGCAUUAAGUGUAAACAAAUUUAUUUAUUUAUCAGAAGUAGUUUAUAGUGAAAUACAAAAAUGAAUUACAACAACAAAAGGCCGGCACGUCAAAACUCAACAAGCUUCAGUGCAGCUUCCGCCAGCACCAAUUCAGAUGGCAGUGGAACUACAACACCAACUUUACUUUUGCAACAGCAGCCACAGACUAUCGCCUCUCCACAUGCAUUGCAGCAUCAGCUCUCCAAUAGCAGCACCAGCAGCGCAGCUGGCAUAGCAAGUGGACUUGCAGCUGGCACUGCAGCUGAUGAUGCGCCCGUCACAUUGCUGCCUGAAAUUUCGGAUAUUAUGCGUAGCUUUGGAGACAGCGAUCAGCCACGCAUGGAAAGUGUCAAAUUGGUUGAACAUAUACUCCAACAACAACUGCGUGGCAUGUUCAACGAGGCAUCGUUGGUGGCUAUGCGUCGCAAGAACAGUCCAUGUCCAACGCAAGCGGAUUUUGAAUUUUUAAUGCGUAAUCAUCCAGUGAAAAUAGCUCGUAUGCGCAAGCAUUUAAAGGAUAUGAAGAUAUUAAAGCGCUUUUUGAGCAUACGCACUGGGCGACCACAAGAUUUUAUGGAUGACACAGAGCAACAGGAAUCUGAGGAUGAGCUCGCCAUAGAGGUUCCAGAAUUGUACGAUGAAGAGCGCACACGUAGACUCUUUCGUGCCGACCGCAUUUCGCAGAUACUAACCGGUCAACAAUAUUUAGAAUUCAAUGAAGCGCGGAAGACGUCAUUCUAUUGUCGUCAUGGUGAAAAGAUUAAAAAUAAAUUUCGUCGUUUUCUCGAUUUGCCACCAGAUCUACGCAUACCAACAACCACAAUGAAUAUUUUGGCCUAUUUUGCUCACGAAACCAUCGCAGUGAUUGUAGACUAUGCUAUAUUGACGCGCUUAAAUUCGGAGAAUCGUGUAACGGAACCGUACAGUCGCAUUACGUCGACAGGUGCUUCGCCGGCAAUGUUGCACAUUUGCCCCGAAGUCACACAGGGUCGAGGCAUGGAGGUGGUGCGACCCAUUAGUGUGCAGGAGAUACACGAAGGCAUGCGACGAUUUCGACAGAUGACCAGCAAAAAAAUCGGUUUCUAUCGUAGCUCAUGUGAUGCCGAUUUUCGUCGCUCUUUUCUCGCCAUAUAAACACGUCAAAUAAUUGAUAAGCGGAAACACCAGUUAAUGUUGGUUUAAAUAGUUAAUAACUAUAUUUCUAAAAUUAAGACUGCUGACAUAAAUAAACAGUAGUUAUAUACCUAAAA